AUGAAAAUGCAGACAUGCAAUAGUGCAAUGCUGCAUUCUGAAUAUGAUGAACAUGCUCUGACAAAUUCAAAAAAAAUUUUCCUUGGCCCAGAAAUUUGUCAACAUUAUGACUUCGAGAGAGUUUCUCACUAUUACAAUAAUCAAUGUUUGAAUCCUUAUGACCACUCAAGCACCAUUUAUUAUAAUGGAAUAUUAUAUUCAAGGAAUGAAAAUAUUGUGUUUAAUUUGAAAAUGAAUAAGAUAAUAACCGCUUCUAGCUCACUUAAAGAGCUUUUGGGAUUGGUUAAUUCCCAUAUUUACUAUUUAAAUGAAAAAAAUAUGGCAUCAAUAUUAUACAAAAUAGCUACAUUGUGCCAAAAUAACAAUUCGAAAGGGAGGAUAAAACGAGACGAAAGAUUUAAGUUUCUCUUGGAUGUAAUGGUAUUUAGAAGUAAUUUUCCAUCUAGAUUUUCUCCAAAAGAGCUUUCGAGUAUCGUUUGGUCACUUGUAAAACUUGGAAUGAAUAAUCAUAUUCUGUUUGAAAUAGUAGGUAAUGAAUCAAUAAUACAAUUAGAAAGAUUUGUCUCAAUUAACCUAAGUAUAAUAUUGUGGUCCUUUGCAAAGGCCGAGAAAUUCAAUAAAAAUCUGUUUGUUUAUGCAAUUCCAAAGAUACUUUCAGAGCUUGAGAAUUUAGAACCUCAACAGAUUUCUAAUAUUGCAUGGUCAUAUUCAAAGGUUGGACUUAUUUCACCUCACCUAUUUGAGAAUCUUAAAAGGAGAAGCAUUAAAACCAUAGAUAAAUUUCUUCCAAUACACAUUUCAAUGCUUUGCUAUGCAUUUUCAUUAGCUGACAUUGUUCCAAAAGAUUUGUAUGAGUUAAUUUCCAAGAUGGAAAUAAGUUCAUUUAGUCCAAAAGCAUUAGUUCACAUUUUUUGGUCAUUUUCAUUAGCAGAGCUUAAAUUUCCUGUAAACUGGGUUUUCUGGAUCCUUGAUAAUGAAAGAAUAUCUUUUUUAAGUCUUCAUGAGCUAGGUCUUUUAAUUUAUUCAUUUUCACUGAACUUUAUUAAGGGUUCUGUCCUAAUUAGACAUUCAAAAUUAAGUGAUGAUAAUUUUAUAAGUAAUAAUCAUCUCCAAAAGACAAGCAUCACAAAAGCACUUUCAAUAAAAGAUAGGGACCCUGAAAACUGUAUAAUUGAAUGGAAUAACUCAUUUGAAUUUUUAAAUAUUAUCCAAGUUAAACCUGGUAGCAAUCUGAAUGAUUAUGAUUACUUCAUUUGGGAUACUUUGGAUAAGAUAUCCACAAAACUGUAUGAAAAAUUUAGAAAAGUUCAAGAAAUUUCUGAUAUAAUUUGGAUUCUGGCAUUUAUUGGAAAGGACAUUACUAAAUUUAUCGAGAAAGCUAAUAAAAAGCUUCCAAAUGAGCUGAAUCAAAUCAUUAAUUACUGUGAUUUCUCUACAAAACCCAGUGAAAAUUGUUGUACUGGCAUUGAAGACACAAGCUCUGUUUCAAUUUCUUCUCAUACAAGCCCAUUUUCCACAUGCUGUAAUAGUGAAUCUCCUGUUGGCCAAUCCAGUCCGGCUACUUCUGAGAAUACCAAUAAAAAUCUAGACCGUGUUUCAACUUAUACAAUAAAUAAAUUAUGUGAUUCGGAAGUUCAUAUUUCCUUGAUUGACUACAACCAAUCUUCAAUUAACUCUGAAUCUAAUCAUUCAAUUUCUGGAAAUUCGAAUUCCAUUCUUUCAACUCUAGCUUUAUUUACAUACAAUCUGCUCCUUGUAUUUAUCGUUUUAUUUUAUUAA